UCAAACGACGUCUGCACUGAGAUUUAUAAUAGGUGUUGUUCAUCGGUGUUGUUGAUGACUGCUUAAUGUUUCUGAUUUAACCUUGGCUUUCCGUUGUGGCUAAAUAUAGCUCUGUGAGUCUAGCACAGCAAACAAAUAAAGAAACAAACAUGUGUUCCUGUCAUCCUGUGGCGAAACGCCACCACAUGGAAGAUGACGAACACGAGACAGCAGAGGAAAAACAAAGACGUCUAGAAAAGCAGUACUUUCAGCAAGCAUCUUUCCUUACCCACAUGAACGACCUUCGCAAGGAGGGCAUCCUCUGCGAUGUCAUCUUCGAAGUAGAGGGGAAAGAAAUCAACGCUCAUCGCAUUGUCAUCGCGACGUCAAGUCCUUUCUUCCAAGCCAUGUUCACUUCAAAAAUGUCUGAGGAAAAAUCCAAAAAGGUCACAUUGCAGGAAGUUGAGGCAGAGACAAUCGAGGCGUUAGUUGAGUUCGCCUACACGGCGUGUAUCAAGGUUAACGACAAAAACGUCCAGUCUCUUCUGUCGGCUUCUAACCGCUACCAAAUCGAGACCGUGAAAAAACUAUGCUGCAACUACUUGAAGGAAAACAUGACUCCUUCCAACUGUCUGGGGAUUCAACAGUUUGCUGAGUAUCUUAAUUGUAAGGAGUUGAGUGAGGAGGCAAGACAGUACUCUCACGAGAACUUUACGGAAGUGUGUCAGGAGGAGGAGUUCUCACAGUUAGAGCUGCCGAAGUUGAAGGAAAUUUUGGCCAGUGAUCAGCUGACAGUCAAGAGUGAGAAUGUUGUGUAUGAUGCUGCCAUCACCUGGCUGAAGAGUAAGUCUCGUGAGGAGCACACUGUGGAGGUCAUGUCCCUUAUCCGCUACCCCCUCAUCACGCGCUCGUACCUCAGCACCACGGUCGAGUCCGAACCCCUCCUCCAAGACAAGCCAGAAUGUCUCAAGAUGAUCAUGACUGGAAUGAAGUACCACCUGUUAGAAGAGGCAGAACGUACGGAGAUAAAGGAACAGACAGCCCUGCGUAAGAAGAAACACGACUUCCAGAUCGCCAUGUUUGGUGGAUCAGAACAGUCAUGUUGCCAGACCUUUGACCAUAAGACCCACCAGUGGACAGACUUACCCCCGAUCCCGGAGAAACGUCGAGACAGUCGCGCCGUCCUGGUCGGGAAGAAGGUGUAUGUCAUUGGAGGGUCCUACCUGUUGCCGGUCAAGAGAAUAGACGGUUACAACGUGGCUACGGGAAAGUGGUUCAAGCUGCGGGCUAUGCUGGAGCUAGCGCGAGACUGUCCUGCUGUGUGUUCGCUCAACGGGAAGAUAUACAUCAGUGGAGGGACAGCAAAUCACGGGAUGUCAGCCAUGGAUCUAGUAGAGGAGUUGGACCCAGUGACAGAGAGGAUAAAGCAGAUUGAGACACUGACCACCGGCCGCUACGAACACGGCAUGGUCUCCCUGCGGGGCCACCUCUGGGUGAUAGGGGGCGCAGCUGGCAAUUCCCACAACCCACAGAUCCUGAAAAGCUGUGAAAAGUGCAACCCAAAGUGGACCAAGAGAUGGGUAGAGGUUCCUUCGAUGCAUCAAGCGAGGAAGGGGCAUGCAGUUGUUGUGUUCAAAGACAGCAUAUAUGCCAUAGGAGGGCUGUCAACUGACAAUGCUGUCCUGGACACCUGCGAAGUGUUCUCAGCUGCGUACAACACCUGGAGCAAGUGUGCCCCCAUGCCGUGGAAGCUGCGUACCGUCCACGCCGCAGCCUUGGGUGAUUCCAUUUGGGUGGUAGGGGGGUACAGGGACAUGGGAAGGCUCAGCAAUGUGUUUGAGUACAUCCCCGCUGAGGACCGUUGGCUCUUCCACUACAACACUAAGGCAUUCCCCAUUGCUAAUGCAGCCAUGUGUAAGAUAGACACUUGUGCUGUAGAGGACUAGACACGAAUAACAUUGUAGGUUUCUGAUCUUCAGUUUCAAACAUGAGACAAAGUGUGUUACUACAGGUCAGAUUUUCUCCAAUAUGAUAUCAUAUGUCUAUUUAUCUGAGUGGUGUGAUAAAUGUUAGAAUCCAUAUGCUGCAUUUUUGGGGACUUCUAAUAAUCUAAGAAUUUGUGUAUUGUCAAAAAUUGUCAUUAUAAUUUAUAUACAGCCAUUGUGUGUGAAUGUGUACAGAAAAUCUGUAGGGAAUUAUAUCUGUAAAAAAUCUUCAGUAAUGUUUACAUUAUUGACUUAAUUUUGGCAUGGAGCUUAAAAUCUAUAUUUUAAGCCCCUAAAUGCUUUGGAACAUGUUUGUUGUUCUGUUGAACAGUUAACAUUUAGUUGAUUUAUGCCACUUGAAUUUUGAUGGAAGGAAGGUUGAUGGUACAUAUAUUGCUG